AGGCCGGGAGCCGCUGACGCAAUGGGGGCCAGAAAAGCCCGGCGGGCCGCGAGCGGCUCCGACGGCGCGAGCAGCCGAGACGCGGAGGACCGAGACUCCCGCACGCAGAGGAAGCGCACAAGAUGGCAUCGGAGAGUGGGAAGCUAUGGGGCGGCCGGUUUGUGGGUGCUGUGGACCCCAUCAUGGAGAAGUUCAACUCGUCCAUUGCCUACGACCGGAACCUGUGGGAGGUGGACGUGCAGGGCAGCAAGGCCUACAGCCGGGGCCUGGAGAAGGCGGGGCUGCUCACCAAGGCCGAGAAGGACCGGAUUCACCAGGGCCUCGACAAGGUGGCUGAGGAGUGGGCCCAGGGCACCUUCAAACUCAACCCCAACGAUGAGGACAUCCACACGGCCAAUGAACGGCGUCUGAAGGAGCUCAUCGGUGAGACCGCGGGGAAGCUGCACACCGGCCGGAGUCGGAACGACCAGGUGGUCACAGACCUCCGGCUGUGGAUGCGGCAGGACUGCUCCAAGCUCGCAGGUCUCCUCCGGGACCUCAUCAAGAGCAUGGUGGACCGGGCAGAGGCGGAGCGAGACGUCCUCUUCCCGGGCUACACACACCUGCAGAGGGCCCAGCCCAUCCGCUGGAGCCACUGGAUCCUGAGCCACGCCGUGGCCCUGACCCGGGACCUGGAGCGGCUGCUGCAAGUGCAGAAGCGAGUCAACGUCCUGCCCCUGGGGAGCGGGGCCAUUGCAGGCAAUCCUCUGGGAGUGGACCGGGAGCUGCUCCGAACGGAGCUGAAUUUUGGAGCCAUGACUCUGAACAGCAUGGACGCCACCAGUGAGCGGGACUUUGUGGCCGAGUUCCUCUUCUGGGCCUCGCUGUGCGGGGUUCACCUCAGCAGGGUCGCCGAGGACCUUAUCCUCUACGGCACCAAGGAGUUCAGCUUCGUGCAGCUCUCCGACGCCUACAGCACCGGAAGCAGCCUGAUGCCCCAGAAGAAAAAUCCCGACAGCCUGGAGCUGAUCCGGAGCAAGGCGGGGCGCAUGUUUGGGCGGUGUGCCGGGCUCCUGAUGACACUCAAGGGACUUCCGAGCACUUACAACAAGGACUUACAGGAGGACAAGGAAGCCGUGUUUGAAGUGUCGGACACCAUGAGCGCCGUCCUGCAGGUGGCCACUGGCGUCAUCUCUUCACUGCAGAUCCACCGUGAGAACAUGGCGAAGGCCCUCAGUCCCGACAUGCUGGCCACUGACCUCGCCUACUAUCUGGUCCGCAAAGGGAUGCCGUUCCGCCAGGCCCACGAGGCCUCUGGGAAAGCUGUGUUCAUGGCUGAGACCAAGGGGGUCCCCCUCAACCAGCUGUCGCUGCAGGAGCUGCAGACCAUCAGCCCCCUGUUCGCAGGUGACGUGAGCCACGUGUGGGACUAUGGGCACAGCGUGGAGCAGUACACGGCCCUGGGGGGCACAGCGCGCUCCAGCGUCGACUGGCAGAUCGGCCAGGUGCGAGCACUGUUGCAGGCGUACCAGGUUUAGGCCUCCCCCAUGCCCACUCCCAAAUAAAGUGACCCAAGAAGA